AUGCUUCUAGGGCUAGAACUGAUCCUGGUUGGCAGCAUGGUAAAGAUUUGGGUGAUCGAAAGAUUCAAGCAUCACUUAGCUCGCACACGUAAUAAUGUCUCAGCUUGUGAAAAGGUUCUUGAAAAUGUUAGGGUACAAUUCGAUCGUUUGUUGGAAGAUAGUGAUAUGGCCACAAAGAAAAAAAGAGGCGUAUUUCCAGUCGAUGAAGAUGACGAGGACUAUGAGAGGAAUGUUAGAGGAAAUAACUUGAAGAAUUUUGUUUCAAAAAAAGGAAAAGUUCAAAGAACUUUGAAUACAAUUUAUAAGAAGGAUGAAUGGGAAAGAGUUUGCCAACAAAUUGCAAGUUACAUUGUUGACAAGGAAGUUGAUUACACCAAGUCAUUAGUGGAAGAUUACAAAAGGGAGUGGAAAAAGACUAGUUGCACAUUAAUGAGUGAUGGAUGGAGUGAUUGGAAAAACCGAUCAAUAUGUAAUUUUCUAGUAAACAGUCCUAGAGGGACCAUCUUUUUAGCAUCAAUCGAUACAUCUAAUAUUAUCAAGACCAAAGAACAAGUAUUUGCAAUGUUAGAUGACUUUGUUGAAAAAAUAGGAGAGGAAAAUGUUGUUCAAGUAGUGACAGAUAAUGCUGCAAAUUAUAAGGCUGCUGGAGAAAUGUUAAUGAAAAAGAGGAAGAAACUUUUUUGGACACCAUGUGCACCUCAUUGCAUUUAUCUAAUGUUGGAGGAUUUUGAUAAAAAGAUUGGAGAACAUAAGGAAACCAUCACAAAAGGAAGAAAAAUAACAAGUUUCAUCUAUAAUAGGUCACGAUUGAUUUCUAUGCUGAAAGAAUUUACAAAAGGAAAAGAACUCCUUAGACCUGGAGCAACUAGAUUUGCCACUUCUUAUCUAACACUUGGUCGUUUGUUUGAACUGAAAGGCGCUUUGAUCUCGAUGUUUGCCUCCGAAAAAUGGUUGUCUACUAACUAUGCAGGAAUUGAUGCUGGAAAGAAUGUUGAGGAUAUAAUUAUGGAUCAUCUAGGAAUUUGGCCAUCAGUUGUGACGUGUCUAAAGGCCGCGAGUCCUCUAAUGAAGGUUCUUCGUUUGGUUGAUUCAGAUUCUAAACCAGCCAUGGGUUUCAUUUACCAAGCCAUGGUAAAUGCAAAAAAUGAAAUUAAAUCAAACUUUAAAAAUGUCCAGACAAGGUAUGAACCCAUCCAUGAGAUUAUUAACGAAAGAUGGUAUAAUCAACUUAAUAGGGCGCUCCAUGUAGCGGGUUAUUUCUUGAAUCCAAUGACGCAAUAUAACUCUGACUUUGAGAAUACAGGAUGGAUUAAAGGUGGAUUAUACAUGUGUCUGGAAAGAAUGUGUGGUGAUGAUGAGAACCUUGCAAAAACGAUUGAUUGUCAAUUUGAUCAAUUCACUAAUGCAAGAGGGCUAUUUGGUUUUAAUGUAGCCAAAUUAACAAGAAAAGAAAAAACUCCAGUUGAUUGGUGGGAUUCAUACGGAGCUGACACACCCGAGUUGAGGAAUUUUGCCAUGAGAAUUUUGAGUUUGACAUGUUCCUCAUCAGGUUGUGAGAGAAAUUGGAGUGCUUUCGAGAUGGUACAUUCCAAGAGAAGAAAUCGACUACAUCAACAAAAGAUGAACGACCUUGUGUAUGUGAAGUAUAACUUGAAGCUAAAUGGAAAAGAAGAAAAGAAAGGAAAAGAACAUGAUCAAAUGGGACUUGAAACGUUAAAUCUUGAUGAUGUUAGUUCUGAUGACGAGUGGAUUACUGAAGAGGAGUCUUCUAAUCAAUAUGUAGAUGAAGAGUGGAUUAAUCCUCUUGAUGGUUCAAGUUCAAGUAGGCCGCAAGCGUCUGAUGGCGGUGAAGAUAAUGAAUUUCUUGAAAGAGCUAUAAGAGAUCAAUUACGUGCGGGUGGUGGAAGAGAAUUAGGAGAAGAUGUUUUGGAUUUAGGAGACAAUGAUAUGGAUGCACCAUUUGUUACGCUAGACUAG